AUGGCACCUGUCACAGUGGAAAGAGGAGAAGAAGUAAAGAUGAUGGUUUUCUCAUACAACACUGCCAACAUCCUGACGAGAAGGGGGGGAUUCAGCCGGCGGGAGAUGAGCAUGUACUUCCUCCCUGUCGUGAUCUCUGACAACGAUUACCCCAUUCAGAGCAGUACCAGUACAUUGAUCGUGCGCGUGUGUGCUUGUGACAGUCGUGGAAACAUGCAGUCAUGCAAUCCUGAGGUCCUGCCCUUUUCAGAUGGUCUCACAACUGGAGCUCUUGUGGCCAUACUUCUCUGUGUCAUUAUUCUGCUCAUGAUCGUGGUGCUGUUCGCUGCCCUGAGGAGACAGAGGAAGAAGGAACCUCUGAUCAUCUCCAAAGAGGAUGUCAGAGACAAUGUUGUAAGCUACAACGAUGAAGGGGGAGGAGAGGAGGACACCCAGGCCUUUGAUAUAGGCACGCUGCGCAACCCGGAGGUGAUGGAUGCUAACAAGCUUCGCAGGGACAUCAUACCCGAAAUGCUGUUUCCCUUUCGAAGGACAUCACCGAUAAAGGAUAACACAGAUGUGAGAGACUUCAUAAAUGGGAGGCUUCAGGACAACGACUCAGACCCAACAGCACCACCUUAUGACUCCCUGGCAACAUAUGCGUAUGAGGGCAGCGGUUCGUUGGCAGAAUCUCUUAGUUCACUGGAGUCUGCUGCUACUGAAGGGGACCAGGAAUAUGAUUAUCUCAGCAACUGGGGACCACACUUUAAAAAGUUGGCAGAGAUGUACAUAGGGAGGAGUCCUGAUAGAGAGACCUAGACAAAGCCAUCCGUCUCUCUUUUGCCAAAAUCAUUUUUAGUGUCUGUUUAUUUAGCCAGACAGU